AUGGCGCCGCCUACGGGAUCGCAGAAGGCUCCUGUACCUUUCAGCCUCGCAGGCAAAGCCCUUCCUCCCUUCAAAGCUGGCUCGGUCUCCAUAGAGGCGCUUCAUAAAUGGAUGAAGAAAGAUUUACUUGACCUGAAUGCGGAUUACCAGCGAGACGUUGUUUGGAAUGCGCAGAAGCAACAAAUGCUCGUGGAUAGCAUAUUCUUGCGUUAUCACAUACCGCCAUUGAUAUUUGCAACUAUCACAAACGAGGAGGGAGAGACCCGUCGUGUCUGCAUCGAUGGUAAACAGCGCUUAACGUCUAUCAGGAGAUUUAUGAAUGGAGAGAUAUGUCAGUUGAACCCAGCAGAACCCAGGGACAAGUGGUGGUAUAAGAGUACGGACAAGGAGCAACCCGGUUACAUUCUCCCCAACCCGUAUCGCAAUCAGUUCAAGAACGCUCAGAUGACGUACGUUGAGUUCGAGGGACUGGAUGAUCAGCAACAGCGCGAGGUAUUCCGACGUGUGCAACUCGGUGUCGCUCUCAAUGUGUCGGAGAAAAUGAAGGCCGAGACCCUGAACGACAAGAUGGAGGUGGUCAAGAGGCUGUCGGAUCAGCAUCGUGGAACCCUCAAGGAAAGCCACUUCAACCCUGCGCGUGAGGCGGAUUUCCGAUGGAUCUCGACCGCAAUGUUCACCAUACACGAGAAGCUCAAACAUCGCAUCACCGGAGCGAACCUAUAUGCGACGUACAAGGCGGUUCAGAAAUGGCUGGGUGAUCCGUCGCCUCCUGUUUCAAACCACUUUUUGGACGACUUCGAAGAGUCCGUGACCCUCUUAAUCGAGUUGCUGAACAAAGAACCCUGGUGUAUACCCAUGGAUAAGCGGCCCAAGACCCUCGCUCCUACGGAUCUGGUUUCGAUGAUACACUUGGUCUUUUUCUUCCGCACCCGUUUCUCGCUGAGACACCUUGGUUUUGCCGUUAAAGCGAUGCGCGAGAGCGCCCGAGCGGAUCUCACGGACUUGCGUUUCAACCCGUCAUGCUUACAAGCAUACGUCGACUUCCUCGACGAGUUCAAGAUUCAGGGUACCGCGCUUCUGAACCUACCGGAGGAAGACGAUGAGGCCGAUCAACUUAAUGCGGACGAGGAUGAGGACGAAGAUGAUGAGGAGGACGAGGACACAUCGGAACCUGAGAUCACUGUACUAGAGAAGGGUCCUGCGCUCAGCCAGAAACGAGCUCCCGCUUCUUCCGGUUCGACGUCCUCUCAGCGCGCCGCACCGAGACCUGCUCCGGCAUCAUCACAAAGACCUGCUUCGACAUCGUCGCACAGACCUGCCCCGGCAUCAUCGCAGAGACCCGUCUCGACAUCAUCGCAGAGACCGGUAUCAUCUCAAGCUUCCGCGUCUGUCUCGCGACCCCAAAUCAAGACGCAACCGCGACCCUCGUCCACUUCUGUCACCUCUCAAUUCCGUCGUAUGGAGGUAUCGCAAUCUCCCACCAGACCGACACAACCGACUUCAUCCCGACCCGUUGCCACACAGCCAGCGCGUUCGCUGUCGCAAUAUAUCAACCAUGACAACUACGGCGGGUCUCAGAUGUCGAUAGGCUCGAAGCGACCAGGGCCGAACAUACAGUACGGCGCGCCGCACAAGCGUCCGCGGGGAGGUUGA